UCAGCCUCGUCAGCCUUUCUCUGUGUAGUCACUACGACAAACAAAAGACCAAAUUAUUCUUUCUGUGGAACAAUAGCAGAGCUGAACAUGAGCAGUCACACUGCAGAGACAUCUCAUUCACCGGAAACACAAAAGUUACUUUUUCAAGGAUAUUUUUAAUUUUUUUUAUCCUGAUUUCACUGUCGUCACAGCCUCCAGCCUGAAGGAUCUUCAUCAGAUAUGGAGCCAGUUGCUUGUGGCAACAAUCUCUUAUCUCUUAUCGGCACAGAGGAUAGAAAGACUCAGAAAGACUCAGACUCAGACUUUUGCUUCGACUGCUUAUAGCCGAACAUUUGAUGAGCUUUUAAUGGUUUGGCAGUAUCCAGUUUGUGUGUAGGUGUGGAGUUGCAGUUGAAACAUGUGGAGGACCACACAAAGCCAUGGUGACUUUACAGACUCUGAUCCAGAGGACAAAGAUGAACUGACUGAGAUGGUGUGUCUGGAGUCAGACCUGCAGGAUGGACAAAUGAAGGAAGUUGAAGUUGGACAUCACAGUGUGCUGCUCACACGCUAUGACGGCAAAUACAGCGCCCUCGGAAACCAGUGUACGCACUACGGAGCUCCACUCAGCCAAGGGGUUGUUUUGGGAAACAGAGUGCGCUGUCCAUGGCACGGCUCCUGCUUCAACAUCUGCACUGGAGAUCUAGAGGAGUUCCCUGGCAUUGACUCUUUACCGUGCCAUAAGGUGAAAAUUCAAAACAGCAAAGUGUAUGUGACUGUGAACAAUAAGGACCUCCGACGGCAGAAACGAAUACGCAGUAUGGGAGCUGCAGUACCAGGAGUUACUCACACCAUCCUGCUGCUUGGAGGAGGAAUUGCUUCACUGAUGUGUGCAGAGACACUCCGGCAGGAAAAGUUUGGUGGUAGAAUCAUCAUGGUCUCCAGAGAUCACCUCUUGCCCUACGACAAAACUCGGCUGAGCAAGGUUAUGAAUGUGGAGAGCGACACCAUUGUUCUGAGGAGGAUGGAGUUUUACCAUCAAUAUGACAUUGAGGUGUGGCUCAGGAAAGAAGCGCUGUCAGUGGACACAGAGAAGAAGACGGUCACAUUUGAUGAUGGUUUAGUCCAGAACUAUGACCAGCUCCUCAUUUCCACAGGCUGCAGAGCCAAAGCUCUGGAUGUUCCCGGCACAAAGUUGGAUAACAUAAAGAUGUUGGAGACACCAGAGGACGCCCGGCAGAUCCACGCUGCCUGCACGGGCAGCAACGUAGUCCUCGUAGGAACUUCAUUUGUUGGGAUGGAGGUCGCAUCGUAUUUGUUGGACAAAGCCUUCAGUAUCACUGUGAUUGGCAGCAGUGAGCUUCCGUACCAGAACACGCUGGGUCGGGAGGUCGGCAGAAUAACGAUGAUGAUGCUGUCAGAGAACAACGUCAAAUUUUACAUGAAUGACAUGGUGACAGAAAUCAAAGGUGUGAAUGGCAAGGUGAAGGAAGUUGUGCUGAAAAGUGGAAAAGUUAUCCCAACGGAUGUCCUGAUUGUGGGGAUUGGUAGCAUUCCUAACUCAGAGUUCCUGCAAGGCACUAAAAUCCAGAUGAACCAAAAAAAACUAGUGAUGGUUGACAAGUACAUGCGCACAAACGUCCCAGAUGUGUUCUGUGCAGGUGACCUGGCCUCUUUCCCUCUGCCGCUCGCCAAAAACAAGGUGGUCAACAUCGGACACUGGCAGAUGGCACAAGCACAAGGAAGAGUGGCAGCUCUGAAUAUGCUGGGAAAAGAAACUGAACUCACUUCAGUUCCUUUCUACUGGACCGUCCUACUGGGUAAAACCAUCAGAUAUGCAGGCUAUGGGGAAGGAUACACUGAGUUGGUGAUGAAAGGAAACAUUCAGGAACAUAAAUUCCUCGCUUUGUACCUCAAGAAUGAUGAAGUCAUCGCUGCGGCAGGCCUCAACUUUGACCCAGCUGUGUCUGCAGUAGCUGAGAGGUUGUCCUCAGGAAAAGUCAUUACCAAGAAGGAAGCUCAGUAUGUGGGACUGUCAUUGUCUAAUAAUUAUCUUUAUAAUGACAGAAGACAACGUUCCCCUCAGAUGUUUCUGUUUCCAACUGAAAACUUGAAAACUUAUAGUUUUCAUCUAUUUUCUGCAGUUUUUAGGACAGUUAAAGAGAAGGGGGGAAGUUCACUUAGUUUAAGGGCAUUCAAGAAUGUGGAUCCAUCUUCCUUUCUCCUCUCCCCAACAGAUCGGACGACCUGAGCUGGCUGCAGAUGUCUUGAUCCCCAUCUUCUCUCCUCGUCUGCCCACGCCGAGGUCCAGAUUCCAUCUGAAAACUGAAAAGUUUUGUAAAAAUCAACAGCAAGAACCAACCAGUGAGGGAUCCACAUCCAUGUUCUGCAGCUCAUGUUAGGAGGAGUUCAUGUUACAACAGAUACCUCAAAACAACUUAUCUUUUUUGAUUUUUUUUUUUAAUAUCUGUCACUAUUUUACUUUCUUUCAUUGAUUUAUUUCUCAGUCCAGAAACAUCCCAAACAUGAAGCACGGGUGUGUCCUCUACUGUUGAUAUAAAAGUGGCAUCCCUUCAACAGGAUGGAAAACAGAGAUGGUUUAGGAGGGAUUAGGGCGACAGAAAGUGGGGCGGUCAGCACUUUGAAACAGGGCUGCUGAAACACGCAACAGUGACAAAACCCACCACCAGGGAACAAUAAAACUCUAACAAAUGCACUCAACAAAACAUGCACAACAGAUAUGCUGUUUUUUCUUUUUCUCCCUCAGUCACGCUGGUUUAAAAUGUCAUAUACACCUGAACAGGUUCUCUUUUUGAAGAACACUUUGUAAUCUAACUUUUGCUUAAUCUUUAAGUCAGAUAUGCUGCUUGGAUGUUUAGUUUAUUUUAUCUACCAUUAAUAGCAAAGUAAUUUCAGUUACUUGUAUUAUAAAUUACCAAAGAUGAAAACUGCUGAUUAUGAGUACUCUUGUAAAAACUGUGUUAUAAAUUAAAAAGCAAUGAAAAUUGA